CAAUUUAAGACUAUCUGAUUUCUUUCUUUCUUUUUCAUUUUUCUGGUUCUCACUUCUGCAUAUUUCACACGAUUCCCAUUUCUUCCGCGUUAUUAAAACUGUUAAUCUGAAUCCCACCUACUCAAAUCUUUUGCAUAAUAAAUUAAUUAAACGCCAUGCGUGACUCUACAAUAAUAGCGCAAUGAAACCUUCAACAGUGCCCCAAACAUUAUUCUAUGGAGGGAGUGAAUGGGGAUGGGUCGUUAAUCAAGUUGAUCUGUUGCGUUAAGAAUUCAGAUUGGGGCCGCAUUGGUCGUGAAUCCACUGUCGCACGUCUCUAUUAUCGAAAUACUGGAAUCGAAAUUGAUUUGGACCAGCCCUAUGCUGAGUUUUGGAUGGGCACCCAUGAAUCCGGCCCAUCGUACGUUGUGCAAGGUGAAAAGGUGACAUUGAAGGAUUGGAUUGAAAGGAAUCCUCGUGUUCUUGGAGAUCAUGUUGUUAAGAAAUGGGGUACCAACCUUCCCUUUCUCUUCAAGGUAUUAUCUGUUGCCAAAGCUUUGUCGAUACAGGCCCAUCCAGACAAGGUGUUGGCCACUUCUCUACAUAAAGAGCAGCCGUUUGUUUACAAGGAUGACAAUCACAAACCCGAGAUGGCUUUCGCACUGACAGAAUUUGAGGCUUUAUGUGGGUUUGUCAGUCUUGAGGAGCUCAAGGUGGCUGUUAAAACUACGCCCGAGAUUGUCGAAGUGAUUGGUAAUGCAAAAGCGGAGCAAAUCUUAAACUUGAAUGAGGAUGAUGGGGAGGAGGAAGUUAGAUUAGUGCUACAAUCAGCAUUUACUGACAUAAUGUCAGUGCGCAAGGAUGUGAUUGCGGAAGUGUUAGCCAAGCUGAUCAGUCGCCUAAACAUUGAAGAUCAGGCCAGGCACCUAACGGACAAAGAACAACUGAUUUUAAGACUUGAGAAGCAAUAUCCAGCUGAUGUUGGUGUCUUAGCUGCAUACUUGUUAAAUUAUGUGAAACUCAACCCUGGUGAAGCUUUAUAUUUAGGCUCAAAUGAACCUCAUGCAUAUUUAUAUGGUGAGUCUGUUGAAUGCAUGGCAAAUUCAGACAACGUGAUACGUGCCGGUCUGACUCCAAAGCACCGAGAUGUUAAAAUUCUCUGUUCAAUGCUCACUUACAGACAGGGCUUUCCCGAAAUUCUGAAGGGUACUGUAGUUAAUCCAUACACAAUGAGAUACCUCCCUCCUUUUGAUGAAUUCGAGGUUGAUCGUUGCAUUCUUCCUCAACAAUCAACUACUGUAUUUCCAUCCAUUCCUGGUCCUUCCAUUUUUUUGGUCAUGGGAGGAGAGGGGACGAUGACCACAUCAUCGGACAAGGUAGUUACUGAAGGCGAUGUUUUAUUUGCAUCUGCAAAUACCAAGAUUACUGUUGCAACCUUGUCUGGUUUGCAUCUAUAUAGAGCAGGAGUUAGCAGCAGGUUGUUUGAGUAAUGGUUAGUGACAUAUCCUAUGGCAUAAAUAGUGUAUUGAUUUCUCUCUUAUUGCUAAUUUUUCUGCACCACUUUGUAAUAGGAUCGUGUACAUUACACGGCCUUGUAGAUGUAGAUCAAAACACCCUUGGUACGGGUGGACAAUUAGCUAGAGCAGCGUGUGCUGUAGUAAAACUGAUCGCAAAAGAAGGGAGAUCGGUCAAAUUAAAGUUACCUUUUGGAGAGGUCUCUAUACAAGUAAACUUUCAAUAGAACGGUAAAGAACUUGUUAUCAAUCAGAAAAUGUAUACUGUUAGUGGGGAUAUUAGUGAAAGGAUAUUACUAGGUAAGGUAUUUUACUGGUUUCCAAACUAA